AUGCAGUCUUCAACCGUCACAGCCGCGUUGCAGGAUGCGUUGGAGAAGGGCGACAUUGUCGAACUCGAGCAGGCCAUCACGGCCGCCGAGGAUGCAAUCCACGUAUCCGCCUACUCUCGAAAGACGCCAUCUUCUCCUCUAGGCCGUCUGAUCGCCCGGGCCAAGAACAUGUAUCUCGUCCACAUGAAUGCGUGCAAAGUCUAUGUGGAGCCACUGCGAAAGGCGUGCAAGGAGCUGAGUGAGCGUGGCAUCUUUGAAGCCCUCGUCAAGGCUCGUGGCGCACCGGAUGAGGUGCAGCUGUGCAUGUACACCGACCUGUGCAACGCGGAGUCUCUGCGGCGCGAAAUCAUCGAGGCGCAGAGAUUAGCCGCGCGGCUACUGGACUCAACGAGCGCACAGGAGGUGGACGAUUUUCUGACCGAGUGUUCGCCAUUCCUCGAGGACCGCACUAUCUUGGCCCUCGUUCAAAAGCGCGAGGACCUCAUACGCGAGGCGCGCCGGCGCACGCUUGGGAGAGCGACGACAACACCGCUGCGCACCGGUGCCGCUAAAUUCGUGUCGAAUCCCCCCGGGCGUGAGCGGCACUACCGCGACCCGCUCGAGUGCGUCCGUCGCUUUGAACUGGAGGACGAUUGCGUGUCGCCCGUCACUGGACGCCAUAAACGGUUGGCGUACCGCAGCAGCAGCGGUGACGGCCCCACCAGCUACGGCGGAUGCGCCGUUUCUAGUGAGUCCUCAGAGGGGGUCGCCAGCAGCUCGAGCAGCGCUCGUGCAGCGUACCCAGCGCUGUGCGAUGCGCUGGAGAAGACUCGAGAUAGUGCUCUCGAGCGCACCAUCAUGGAAGGGGCAUCGCCGUGGAUGCAAACAGUGUGUGCUCUGCGGCAGCAGGCCUACGAGGCGGCAGUGUACCAGGAGCACAGUACGCGCCGGCAGCUUGAGGACGCUGAGGAGGACGGACGCGCAGAGUUGUACCGCAGCGAGAUGCUCUCUCGUGUUCUGCGCUGGACGGCGGCAGCUGAGGUUUUUUCUGCUCACCAUGGCGAGAAAAAGGCCGCAUUUAAAGGUGACAGCGAAGCCGGCCCGACGCCACAGAAGCCGGUAGCACCACUUGCAACAGUCUUCCCCGCGUCGUCGCUGGUGUUCCCGCCGUCCCUGUCUGCCACCAGGUCGAAAGCGGCGACAGUGUCGACAGCCGACAUAGCGAACCAGCCGCUGACGCGGGUGCACAUGACGAACUCGCUUUCAGCAUACGCUUUUCGCUCCGGGUCGCGGACGCUUACCCCGACGCGUUACUCUCGCCCUGGGGCGGAGGCGACGGUGGAGGGGGCCGUUCUUGGCAGCGGCGUCCGUCAACGCGUUGCAGAGGAGCUGCACACGCCGCGUCUGUCCCGCGACACGCCGAACAUCUCACCUAUCAAGGAUAUGAGCACGACAAGCGGUGUGGCGUCUUGGUCCGAGCAGGAUCCGCUGUAUCACCGCGACAACACGAAGACUGAGUGGGGCGACGGGCUAGAACGCGGAACACCCCGUGGAAAGCUCUCCGGAGGCAGCGCUAGCGCGGCACCUGACAUACUCGCCGGACCGUCGACAGCCACUGCCAUGUUACCGUCGCUAGAGCUGCGUCGCGUCCAGGCACGACUUCGAGCGGUGCUGCAAGAGGAGGACAUUCACCGCCGUGACAUUGAAGGCACCGAAGACUUCGACCGCAGCGUGUUUCUGUUUCCGGUAUCUGCUCGGAUUGCCUUGCUUCGGCGCACAGAGACUCAACGGGUGCGCGCUUUUUGA